AUGAAAAAUAGUCAUCAGAAAAGUAUUGAACCAUUACUUAUGUUACCACGAUUUGAUUCCCAAGCGAUCCUCAAUGAAACACAUUUGAAACAAAUACCUCAAUCAAAUUCAAUCUAUCCAUAUAAUUCAUUAUCAUCUGAAAAUAUUAUUUAUUAUGAUACAAUAAAUAAAAAGAGAAUUGAUGAAAAUUUUCUUAUAUCUCAAACAGUAUCUCAACCACAAUUAACAUGUUUAUUAUUACCAAGAUUUAAUUCUCAUCAUCAACAAAAUUUUUAUGAUGAAAAUCAAUCAGCAGAUAUUACAACAAAAACGAUGAGUCAAACAAAAAUAAAUGAUGAAGAAUUUCAACAAACAAAUGAUCAUAAUGCAUAUACAGUCAUUGGUGAUUCUCUUGAAUCUUAUAUUCAUUAUCGAAAAUUAAAUCAUUGUAAAGCAUUAUCAAAUUUUCUUGAAUAUCGUAAUAAAAUUUAUAAACGUGAGAAAAUUGCUCAAUAUGCAUCAUUAAAAACUAAAGACACAUAUCGUACACAAACUACAAAUGCACCAACAAAAGUAAUUAGACUAGAAGAAAGUCAAACUUCACCUUCAAUUAUAUCAGAAAAUGCUUCAUCAAGUGUAAUUCCAUCAUCACAAUCGUUGGUCUCUAAAAGAUCUAAAAAUCUAUCAUCACCAGGUAGUAAAGAAGAAUUCAUUCAAAUACCCUCGUCUGACUUAUUAAAAACUUUACCAUCAAAAUCCGUCCAACCUAUCACUAGUCCGAAACAACAACGCAAUGUCAAUGUUCCGAAAAAAAAUAGUAGUAUUAUCAAACAAACUCCAACACAAUUUGUCAAAGGUUAG